AAUGAGGUCAUUAAGUCCCGAAGAAAUUGAAGAAGUUGAUGAAAUUAUGAGGGAAAGGCACCCUCUGUAUUAUACGAAAGGUAUGUCAUGACUCCUAACUUAUAGAAGGGAUCUUAAGUAUAUUUCCUGGUCUAAAGUGGAUCCUCUGAUGCCUUAAGAAUAAGCAUGAACAAAUAUUGCACAGAGAUAUUGAAAGAAGUGACAACCAGUCUGAUAUCAACUCCGAUAAAGCAUCUGUGGAAGAUAAGCUCGGGUUUGGAAUAGUAGCGUAUUUCGAUUUGCAGAAAUAUCUUUUGGUUUUAUUCCUGAUCAUAUUUAUACUAUUGCUCCCAUCUAUAUACCUUUAUGUGAACUACCCAUAUGGAAGAAGAGAUGGUUCAAUAUUUCUUAACAAAUACUCUAUUGGAAAUCUUGGAUUUUCCAGCGUACUUUGUAAAGACACUUCUCUCAAAGUUGGAAACCUUACAAUGAGUUGUCCCACAGGAGAAAUAAGACAGAUCGUUUCGUUCGGAUUGACUCCAAGUGAUGCAGUUCAAAAUGAUGCAUGCAUGCCUAACCAAGAAAACCUUCAGUGAGAGGAUUCUCUUGAUAAAGAACUUCUUGCUGAGGAAAUCAAUCUCAAAUGUUUGAAUAAAACCACAUGCACAGUAGAUGGUUCGAAAUAUCUAAGAUUAAGCAUGAAUAAGAAAUGAACUUCACCUUAUGCCCAGUUCUACAUGCAAGUCUUCUGUAUGCACAGUGAGGAAGAACUUGAGCGACGAAGUUGGCUAUCACUCUACUUCACAAUCCAAGUAGUAGUAGUCUCAAUCUUCCUAUUGAGCUUUCUUUACUUUCUCAAUCGUAAGAAUGCUAACGACUUCAAGGAAUGGGAUAUGAAAACAGUGACUAUUUCAAACUACACAGUUGUGUAUGAAAUCCCAGAUAUUAUCUACAAAGACUUUAUCUUUAAGUACAAUUCAGACAAUAAAGGAAUGAAGUCAUCAUUCUCUAAUAAUCAGAUAAUAGAGGAAGAGAAGUCUAGCAAGUCAUUUGACAACCUAAACAUCUCUGAGGAUUCCAAAACAGUUAGUAAAAUGCACAAGAGGGCUGCAGAAAAUUUGAACUUUAUUGACACCCAGAUGGACCCUCUAGCUUCAGGUGACAAAGGAGCCGGAGAUAAGAAGUCAAAGCGAGUAGCUCCACUUUAUUCUUUCAAACAGUACCUUCUGAGGUACUUUGAGAAGACCUUGUCAGAUAGUUCUGACGAGGCUAAAAUAGCCCACAUUCAUUUUGCAUUUAAGAAUUCUGGAUUUUUCAAAUUGAUGAAGAAUCGAGGCAAUAGGAUCAAAAAGGUAGAAGAUGAGACUAUCCUUACACUUGAAGAAGAGAUAAUUGAGUAUUUGAAAAAGAACCCAACUAGUUCUCUGACUCCAAUAGAGGCCUAUAUUACGUUUGAACAAGAAACAGGUGUCUUAAAGGCUCUGAGAUAUUCUAGAAAAUCUCCUGCACCAAAAUGGAGAGGCACUCAGGUAGUUUUUAAACCUGCAGAAGAGCCCUCAAACAUAGAAUUUGGGUAUAAAUUCCAGGAUGGCCCAUUAUUGUUCCUUAAAAAGUUACUAGUUCUUGUAGGAUGAGUGUUUUUCUGAAUUUUUACUUGCUACAUAGUCUUCCUAUUUCUGGACAAGAUCAACAAAGUAAGUGAGAUUUACCCUCCAGUUGAUUGUACAAAUGUCCUAAAGGACUCUUCCCAAGAGAUGAUGGAGAACUAUGCUGUGAUAGAAUACCUGCACAUUGAGAACUCAGAUUGGUCUGAAGAAGCUCUCCUCAAAAUCAACACUGAUAAUCUCCAGUGAUACUGCGACAGCCCUGACUUCAAAGUCUUGAACCUGACCCAAAUCCCAGCAGAAUUGACCAAUGGAACAGUGAUUCAAGAGGAUAUCUGAAUGCAUUACACUGAAGCUACUAUUUUUGUCGAGGCUUCGUAUUUGUUAAUUCCUCUAAUGAUCUUCCUGACAGCAAAAUGCUUGAGGUUCUUCUCAAGUUACUGAAUCACUUGGAUUUGUUAUGAUGACAAGACACAAGAAAGUGCUAGGAUUCAGCUAGCGGUGUUUAUAAUGACCUUUUUCAACAAUGCUUUAAUCAUUCUGCUGAUAAACGCAAGAUUUACAACAGAGGUCAAAGGAAACUUCUUGUUUGAUGGAUUGUACACAGACUUCAGUGAUGACUGGUAUGACCACUGCUCUUAUUAUUUCAUCCUUCCAAUGUUCUUGGAGCUAUUGACACCAUUCCUAGAGUUCUUCAGGCCUUAUAUCAUGAACAAAUUCCAUGCACUUCGAGAUAGAAGUUGGGGCAAAUUCUCUCAGUACAGGACUAAAUGCAAAAUUUCAACGGAUUAUGCUGAGCUAAACUCAGGGAUGAACAACGAACUGAGUUACAAGUACUCUGAAAUUAUGUCAAUCACUAUGAUUUCAUGCUUCUAUGGUUUUGGGCUUCCGAUCAUUCCGAUCCUAGGCUUUGGUAUCCUUAUCGUGAACUAUAUUUUCCAGAAAAUAGUGGUGUUCCUUCACUAUAGAAAGCCACCCCUUUAUGAUGAGACAUUGAGCAAGACUGCAAUUUUUGUCCUGAAAUGGGGCGCCUUCUUGUACGUAGCUAUUGCAUAUUGGAUUUUGACUAAUAAACAAAUGUUUGGAAAUUGCCUCGAGCCGAUUGCUUACCAAGACGAAAUCGAGAAUUACUCCUGAAAGAGAAGUUUGUAACACACUGUAUAACCACCUAUAUUCGAGCUACCAUCCCAAGAUACAUUUAAUAUUCCUGUUGUUCUAUGCAAUCGCCUUGUUCUUAACCUUAGUUACGGUUGAUAUACUUAAUAGCCCAUUGUGACAGUUUAGCAAAAAUCUGUGAGAUAUAUGGAGAACAGAGAGAGAACCAAAGCAAAGCUCUGAAGGUUUGCCUUCGUACAUCCAAUCUCUUCACCCCAAAGACAGAGUGCAGUUGUUUUAUGAAGAAAAGACUAGAAGAGAAAAGCAUGGUUACAAAGUUCUCCAGGACGAUUUUUACAAAUCUCUUCAAAACAGCUCAUCUAGAGGGUCCUCAUUUGAUAUACUCCAAAGGGUGAGAUCCAAGCCCUCCUCAACUCCUAGACAGACUGAUACCAUCGAUAUAAUCUCCUAUGACCCACUAGACUCUCUUGAAGACGAAAUAACCUACAGUUAUGUCCCUGUGGCUAAAAGGAAGAAAGGUCAGGAAAGUAUUAACCUAUGCUCAGAGUUCGCAAGGCUUGCUUUUGAAUACCCCUUCCACAGAGAUUUGGAUUUGCUAAAGAAAGUGUCUGAAAAGAAGCACAAGUUUUAAAGCCUAAAAUCUUGUUUCAAUAUCUUUCACUAACUUUGGGCUAUAACCUCUUUGCAUGGCUUCAGAGAUUAAGGCAGACCUGUUGGCUUAGAAAGCUCAUAACCAGCAAUGCUUGAUUAGUCUCGAUUUUAUAGCC